CAGAAUGAGGGCCCAAAAGAUAUGGUUUUUGCAGGGUUAGUUUCUUGACCAUAUACGCUACACGUCCUCUCUGACUGACUAAACAAGCUUUGUUUCCAUUCCAAUCAUCCAUAUAAAUGAUGACUAGCUAAGGAAGCAAGCAAUCGAGACGCUACUGCUUGGCGCAAGUAGACGACGACCGGCACAGUGAACUGGCUACCUACAAUCCUACAUGCACCACCAGCUCCUCCUCUUCCUCUUCUUGCUCCUCCUCGAUGCAACAACCUUCGCGGCGCCCGCCGGGCCGUGCAACCGUCGGUGCGGAAGCACGACCGUGCCGUACCCGUUCGGCUUCUCCGGCGGCGGGGCCUGCCCGAUCCUCCUCGCCUGCAACGCCACGGCGUCCACGGCGCUCCUCCCGCGCAGCACGGCCGCCGCCGCCGCGUCGUACCCGGUGCAAUCGUUCGACUCCGCGGCAUCCACCUUCCUGGUCUCCCUCGUGCCGUCGUGCGGCCGCGGCGUGGCCGAGGCCAGGGCGGCGCUGGGAGGCGCCGGCUACGGCGUGUCGUCCCGCACCGGGCUGUUCCUCCGCGGCGGCUGCGGGCGCGCGGCGGGGUCGAGGUCGCCGAGCGACUGCAACGUCCCCUCGGGCGUCAUGGCCGCCAUCCUCCGCACGGUGCAGUGCGGCGGCGGCAACGACAGCUCCUGGACGUGCGUGCUGUCCGCGCCGCCGGCCCCCGGCAGCCCCGCCGCGGCGAGAGGCCAGGGCCAGUUCAUGCGCUGGGACGAGGUGGCCGCCGCCGGGUGCGAGGACGCGCUCACCUCGGCCGUGUACGCGUACUCGCCGCAGGGCGUCCCGUCCAUCCAGUUCGGCAUCGCGGAGAUGGGCUGGUGGGUCGACGGGAGAUGCGGUGACGGAGGCGGCGGCGGCGGCCGGUGCGCGCGGAACGCGACGUGCCACGACGUGCAGACGCCCGGCGGGGCCUGGGGGCACCGGUGCGCGUGCGUGGACGGGAUGGCCGGAGACGGGUUCGCCGCCGGGCAAGGGUGCUACUACGACGGCGCUCCGAGAGGUGAGCACUGAUCUGGCCGUGUACGUGUUGUUCGUCUUCGUCGUCGUCAAUUAUUUGUUGCUCGCGUCAUUGCGUGCCACGUCUACAUGUUAGUACCUGGAGCAACAUCCAAAUGGUAACCUGGGCUGGGCUGGGCUGGAAUGGGCUGGGGAGGGAAGGAAAUUGGGCUACAUAUCGAAAGGAGGCCUUUAGAGGCGCAGCUGCUGCAGCAGCAAUCACGCGGCUGUCUGUCUGACUAAUAAACAGGCGAGGCAAAAGCAUUUGCCGUCUCUUUCUCCAGUCCAUUGGCAUGGCAUGUUCCUCCAGCUCUGCGUUGCAAUAUUAGGCAGGCCGCAGGCGUAUAUGACUAGACUAGCUAAUAAGCAAGCAAUCGAAACAACUACUCAUCGGUCAUUGCAAGCACACAGCGCGCGGAGACCGACCGGCAGCGUGAACUGACUGCCUGCCUGCCUGCCUGCCCACAUGCGCCGCCUGCACUUCCUCCUCCUCCUCUUCCUCCAUGCAACCUCCUCCGCAGCCGCGCCCGCGGCCGCUAGCGGCGGCGUCGGGUGCGACCGGCAGUGCGGCAACACCACAGUGCCGUACCCUUUCGGCUUCUCCGGCGCCUGUCCCAUCCGCCUGGACUGCAACGUCACCACGCCGCAGCUCGUCACGAACAGCUCCGCGGCGUCGCCCUACCCGAUCCUCUCGUUCGACGCCACCGCCUCCACUUUCCUCGUCUCGCUGCCGCCCUCGUGCAACCGCACCGUCGGAGAGGCCAGGGCGGCGCUCGACGGCUCCCGCUACGGCGUCACGAGCCACACCGGGCUCUUCCUGGCCCGUGGCUGCCUCGGGAAAGCGGCGGCCACCGGCAACUGCUCCGUGUCCGCGACCAUCAUGAAAACCGCGCUCCGCACGGCGGGGUGCGGCGACAAAGGCGCCAUCUGGACGUGCGUGGCCGCGCCGCUGCCGCCGCCGCAGGGCCUCAACGCCACGGCUGCUGCUGCGGCGUGGGACGGGGAGGCGGGCCAGUUCCUGCCGUGGAAGAAGGUGGAGGACGCUGGGUGCGAGGACGCACUCACGUCCGCGGUGUCCGCGUUAUCGCCGGAGGGGCUGCCGUCGGUGGAUUUCGGCGCCGCGGAGCUGGGGUGGUGGCUCGACGGGACGUGCGCCAACGCUACCGCGGGCGGCCAGUGCGCGCGGAACGCGACAUGCCAGGACAUCGAGACGUCGAGAGGCACGAGGGGCCACCGCUGCGCGUGCGUGGUCGCCGGGAUGUCCGGUGACGGAUACGCCGCCGGCGAUGGAUGCUACUACGUCGCCGAGCGUUCCGCGAAGAAGAUUGUCCUCGUAGUUGCAGCAGGUGUUGCGGCGAGCGUGGCGGCGGCCACCGGCGCGCUUCUGCUGUGCUGGCUGCAGUGCCGGCGGCGCAAGGCCGGGCGCUCGGCGUCGGAGCGGCUGGCGGCGAUGCGGCUGCUGUCGGAGGCGGCGACGUCGAGCGGCGUGCCGGUGUACUCGUACGGCGAGAUCGCGCGCGCGACCAACUCCUUCUCGCACACACACCGCCUGGGCACGGGCGCGUACGGCACCGUGUACGUGGGCAAGCUCCCGGGCACGGGCAGCGCGCCGGCGCUGGUGGCCAUCAAGCGCCUGCGCCGACGCCACCACCACGACGAGGACGAGGACGCGGCUGCGGAGGCGGCGCUGCUGCUGAACGAGAUCAAGCUCAUCUCCUCCGUGAGCCACCCGAACCUGGUCCGCCUCCUCGGCUGCUGCCUCGACGGCGGCGAGCAGGUGCUCGUCUACGAGUACGUGCCCAACGGCACGCUCUCCCAGCACCUCCACUCCGCGGGCGCCAGCACCGGGGGCCGCGGCGCGUUGACGUGGCGCGCGCGGCUCGGCGUGGCGGUGGAGACGGCGGGCGCCAUCGCGCACCUGCACGGCAUGCGGCCGCCCAUCUUCCACCGCGACGUCAAGUCCAGCAACAUCUUGCUCGACGCCGCGCUGCGCCCCAAGCUGGCCGACUUCGGCCUGUCCCGCGCCGUGGACCGCCUGGAGGCCGCGCGCUCGCACGUGUCCACCGCGCCGCAGGGCACACCCGGGUACGUGGACCCGGAGUACCACCAGAACUUCCACCUCUCCGACAAGAGCGACGUGUACAGCUUCGGCGUCGUGCUGCUAGAGCUCGUCACCGCUAUGAAGGUCGUCGACUUCGACCGCCCGCCCGCCGAGGUCAACCUCGCCUCCCUCGCGCUCGACCGCAUCGGCAAGGGCCAGGUCGCCGAGAUCGUCGACCCGGCCCUCCUUGGCGCCGGCGAGGACUGGGUCAUGGGCUCCGUCCGCCACGUCAGCGAGCUAGCCUUCCGGUGCCUGGCGUUCCAGAAGGACGUCCGGCCGUCCAUGCGCGAGGUGGCCGCCGAGCUGCAGCGGAUCCGGUCCGCCGCCCCGGACGGCGCCGAUCCCGAGGAGCCCGCGGGGUCUAGGCUCCGGCCUGUGAGUAUGAUGGACAUCCAGAUCGACGUGAGCUUGGGCGGCCCGGACACGGCGGCAAAGAAGGCGGCUUCGCCCGUGUCGGUGCAGGAGGUGUGGGUCAGCGACCGGAGCUCGCCGUCCACCAACGGCUCCAUGCCGCGCUUUGCUGCGUAGCUUAAGCUAGCUAGCUCUUGUACACUGAUGAGAAAAACCAAUGUAAUUUAGCAAAAAAAAAGAACAUUUUUUGUCUAGUAAAAUUUUCUCUAUAAAAAAACCACUGUACAAGAUGCCAUCCAUUGUUGUAACGGAAACGUAAUUUACUGUAUAGCAUUACCUUAAAUUCCCACCGGCA